AUGUAUCUCGUUAUCCCUCCAGAUAAGGGGCGUCAGUGGAGAGCGCGACUUCAUUUGGAAGGGGAAGAAGCCGCAUGGCAUCGCGAUAACCAAGCGGCAAUAGCCAUAUUAGAAAAAGGAGUACAAAACCAGAGCUUCAAAAGUUAUCGCAGCAGAUCUAGUUCCUUUGUGAUCAUAUUUCGCUGGAAGCGGGACUUUUCUGAUUGA